AUGGCUCAACAACAGUCCUUUGACUAUUAUCAAGUACCUCCGAUGCCUCAAUCAAUGAGCCCACCGGAGCUGUCUCCGCUCUCCUUCUACGACACCCAAGCCGACUUCAGCGCAGACUCGGCCCCGUCCCGCGGCUCCCCCGUCUCCCCCGUCUUCCCGACCUCCUCCUUCCAGCUCCCCACCGGCGGCGACUGGCCCGCCUACUUUGAGAAGCCCGCCCUCUCCCCGGACCUCGACGUCUUUUACGGCGAAUCCUUUGGCAGCCCAAUGUCCUUCCUCUCCCCCCAGAACCUCACCCUCAGCCCCAGCGCCAACCCGUCCGACCUCAUGUCCGACGCCGUCGCCUUUGGCCGCGAGGGCAUCAACGACACCCAGCCCCUCUUCCAGACCCUCGACGCCCCCGCCCGGCCGCAGCCUCAACCUCAACCUCAACCUCAAACCCAGCAGCCCGCAAAGUCGCCCCGUCUCGCCCGGACGACAUCCGCACCCUCCUCUCGUCCUCAACAACAGCCGCAACAGCGCCAACAGCAACAAACACAAACACAAACACAACAGCGAACCUCCCCGCGCACCAACGACCUCAAGCGCAAAUCCUCCGCCUCCUCCGCCUCCUCCCGCUCCGCCUCCCCCGAACCCCCCGCCCGCCGCACAAAACACUCGGAACCCUCCAAGAACCCGCACAACAUGAUUGAAAAGCGCUACCGCGUCAACAUCAACGAGAAAAUCAUCGCCCUCCGCGACGCCGUCCCCUCGCUGCGGUGCGUCGUCCAGCACACCGAAAACCCGCACGCCGCCGCCGCCGAGAGCGACGAGGCGAUUGACGUCGUCGAGGAGUUGGGCGGGUUGAUGCCCGCGCGCAAGCUGAACAAGGCCACGAUCCUGAGCAAGGCGACCGAGUACAUCGCGCACCUGGAGAAGAAGAAUUCGCAGCUGUGGAAGGAGAAUGAGGCGUUGGAGAAGAGGCUUGCGGAGGCGCAGCAGUGGCAGCGGGCGCAGGCCGAGGGACCUUUCUGGUCUUGA